ACUUCACCAAACAUCUGAGCUAUCACCUCCAUCACCAUCAAUCUCAAUAGUACCUCCCCCCCCCUACACCAAUUCCGAAAAGAAAAAAAAAAAAACCCUCUCACAAACACUAGCAUCACAAAAACCAGGGGGAAAGCAAGAAAGCAAAAGCAAAAAACCAAAUCACAAAUAUCAGACCCCGCCAAAAAAUGGAAACCUCCUCCACCCCCACCUUCCACCGUCAAGACGCCAUAUCCCUCGGCGUGAGGGGCAUACUCUACGGCAGCGGUGCGGGGGCCUUUAUCUCGGCGAUGCAGAACACGCUCACGAAAUCGCCCGUCGGCGCAGCCUCCUUCAUCACCCGCACCGGCGGCGUGAUCGGCCUCGGGGCGGCCAUGGGCGGCUCCUACAUGUUCUUCCGCGCUGCGAGCGCUAACCUGCGCGGCGUGGACGACAGCAUCAACCCCACCGUCGGGGGCGCCGUCGCGGGUGCCUUGCUGGGGAUCCGGGUCCGGACGAUGCCGGGAGUUGUCGGGUGCGGGAUCGGGUUGGGCGUCGCUAUGGGGAUAUUUGAGUACACGGGUGGGGCGCUAGGCAGGCGGUUUAGUGGUGACGGUGGGGGGUGGGCGAGGGAUGAGGUUGAGAGGAAGGAGGGUGUCAGGGCGCGCACGAGACGGGACAUCAAGGAGACUAUCGGAGUGCUGGGGGAAGGGAGAGGUAUUUACGGACCCGGAUGGGAGGAACGUAGGAGAGCGAGAUUGACGGAGAAGUAUGGAGUUAAUUUUGAUGAGGUCAAGUAGGUGUUCGUAACGUGAUUGAUUUCUUUCUUUCCCUCUCGCUACUCUUUCCACUAGGCUUGCCUUUUCUUCCACAAUAGCGGUGGUGAUCAUGGGAAGAGGAGGUACAUAAGGAGAGAAAGAAAAAAAAUACAAAAAUAAACUCAUGGUUCAGCAUUUUAUUUCGUUUUGGGACCCUGUUUGCGCUGCAGUUCUUAUUUCUCUUUUUGCUCGUGCUCACAAAGUUCCAUUCAUGCCAUGGCAUGGAUGAAAUAAUUGAUAUCAUCAAUUGAUUCCCAAAA